UUGAACAGAGCUCCACUACAAAAGAUCUUGCGCUCGGCUAAGUCAACCACUUUUGUCAUCUUCAUAGUGUUGGGACGGUCGAGGUGUUUGCUAAGCAAGAUGCUCCGCAUGAUUGCCCUUGUUACCCUGCUGGUGCACACAGUGUGCACUUUUCAAUACGAGAUGUACAGAAUUCCACUGGAUAAAGCUCUCAAUGAAAUUGAAGAAAGCUCUGGUGAGAUGAUGGCCAAAGCGAGUCAAGGGCUUCCUGGUAAGUGUUGGGCGUGUAAGUGGAUUAUGAAAAAGCUGAAGAAACGCAUCUCUGCCGGCUCAACUCAGGAUGACAUUAAAAAGAAGCUAUUAAGCGUCUGUGAUGAGAUCGGGUUCCUGAAAUCCAUCUGCAAGGGUUUGGUCAACCAGUAUGUGGGUACUCUGGUUGAAGAGAUUUCAACUACAGAUAAUCCAGCCACCAUCUGUAUAAAUGUCGGCAUUUGCAAGCAGAGUUUUAAUGUUUAAAUGGGCUUCUUCACUGUAGAAAAACAGCAAUGUUUUCAGUAGAUCUGUCUGAAAGUCAUUAUUUUUCCAGUUGUGUUCAGUAAAACCAGUGACGCAGAAGUUACACAUUUUACGUGCCAAGAAAUGCAAAGCAAGUUUAGGGUGUUGCUCAUUGUGGUUUAAUACACUUCACACACAGUGUCUAGUGUGAAGACAUGAUUAGCAUAAAGUCAUGUUCUUGCAUGUCACAAACACAUGUCUUGUCUUUUGGAAAAUUCACUGGAAAAUUAACAGAAAAUAAAAUGUGCAAAACAAA